GUGUCCUGCUAGGACCGCCCGGCGUCCGGUAACCAUCUCACGUGUCUUUACUAAGUCAACCUCAGAAACACACACCAAAACACUCAUACACACACUGUAUGUGAAAUUGUACUGUGACAAACACAUAUCAUUUGGAAUUUAGGGUGCUUCAACAAGCACUCUUGAAUAUGACCUGCAUAGUAAAUCAAAUGCUAAAAGGAUAAAGAAUGUAAUUUUUUUGUUGCCUGGGAGAGAGUUAAAACAGCUCUUUCUAGUUAGAUUUGGGGGUAAGGCUUUGUAUGUUGACAUCCCCUCAUGCAGUACACUGUUUCUUCGCUAGAGGUCAGUGUUGCAUCUCUUUAUCUCCCAACACCACAUUCCUUCUGCAUGGUGCCUCUGUUUCCAUCUUUCCACCACAAUCACUUUCUCAGCGCGUAACCUUUUACCAAAUCAAUUCCACUGCAAGUUCCACAACGGCAUAUGAGCCAAACCAACCCAAUAUAAACUGUUGAAAGUAAUAUAGACAUCUUUACUUUUUUAAAUGACACAUUUUGACUUGUUAAUUUACAACAUAUCUCUCGAACCAAACAACAACACAAACUAAACAUGUAAAAAUGACACAUUAUUCAUCUGUGUAUAAUAGCUUCUGUGUGAGCUAAUUUGUUUGUGAAGCCAAUCAGGAGAUUUCCUGGAAAAAGUUGAUAAGACUAUUUGUCUACGGAAUUGGAUAAUCCAAUCUAUUUUCCAAUCACAUGACUGGUUCCUGUAGUCUAUAUUGGGAUUGGGAUCACCCCACACAAUGGCAGAACAAAUUGGAAGUGAAACCAAGAAGGAGAACAAUAAAAUUUGUUUUGAAAAUAUCAGUUCUCAACUUUUUCCAGAACACUUUGAAAUUCAAACUGAGUGGAAGCUGAUCCUACAUCUGAAUGUUAUUUUGUUUUAGCUAACUCAUCUGACUGUUAUAUAACAUGACAACCACUGUCAUGACCACGCUAGUCAGAGGAAUCGGCUAAAACACAUUUACCUGUUUGGGACCAGGCGAACUGCAUGUCUGCAUCAGUUAGGCCUAUAUGUCUGUCUGUCUGCCCACUUUGUAUGUGUCUGCAUUUGUGUCAACUUCGUUUUCUCUAAACAUUCUCACUUCCCUUCAAAAUGCAAACUCUUACUCCUCCACCCCAGUGGCCUACAGUAUUUCCAGUAGGUUGUCAGUGAGGCAUCAGCACCACUUAGACUAGAGAGAGGGAUGAUAAUGGGUUAAUAAUGCACAACUUUAUCAUUAAUAAUGUGACCGGUCUCUUUUCCUGUACUAAACAAACCUUCCUCUCUCUGCUCCUUUCAGAAAAUGUCAAGUUCAUUGACUACGAAUACGCUGGGUACAAUUACCAAGCCUAUGACAUUGGGAACCACUUCAAUGAAUUUGCAGGCCUGAAUGAGGUGGACUACAGCCACUACCCAGAGCGGAGUUUGCAGCUGCAGUGGCUGCGCUCCUACCUGGAGGCCUAUAAGGAACACAAAGGUCAAGGGUCAGAGGUCACUGAGACAGAGGUGGAGGUGCUCUAUGUACAGGUCAACCGCUUCUCCCUGGCAUCUCAUUUCUUCUGGGGCCUAUGGGCUCUGAUUCAGGCAGAGUUCUCCACCAUUGAUUUUGACUUCCUGGGAUACGCAGUCCUUCGCUUCAGCCAGUACUUCAAGAUGAAGCCAGAAGUUGCAGCGCUGAACUUUCCAGAAUAAAAGUCCUUCUCCCUAUCUGGUCCUCAUGUCCACCGUCGAGUGCCCUCUAGGGGGUGUCGGAAAGAAGACCCGGAGAGAGCCUAGUCCAUGCUUCCUGUGGAUUUCAUUCGGCACUCACUAGAGACUCAUAGAACCCUAUGGGAACUCAUAGAACUAUAUUAGAACUCAUAGAACUAUAUUAGAACUCAUAGAACCCUUUUGAGAACUGAUAGCUGUUAGAAACCAUGACUCACCAUCCAUUGACACUCCACAGGGCCAACUCCAUAGCAUCACUGCUACAGACAGAGCCCUACCUAGCUCGCUAUAGAAGCCUAGAACCAUGCACUUCUUCAUAAAGACUAAAGUCUUUAAGACCCAGUCCUCCAAAAUGUCUAGAAAUAUGCAAGGGGAAAAAGGAAAAAAAACUAUCAUGGCUAUUUUUGUUAAGAACAACCAAAUGAAAACAGUGCCAUGUAACGUAUGGCGAAUUCAGUGUGACAUUCCAGUAACAUCUCUCACCCCAGUCUGUGCCCGCACACAGGGGUAACUCACAACAGGGGAGACCUGGACCAACUCUGUAACUUGUCUCCUCUGUUGUGCUGCUGACUGACUGGGAAUAUUAGUGUGUGUGGGCUCACUCCGAGCUAUUCCUAUUGGAUAUAUACAUCUCUUGUCUGGGCUCGCUGGUCCAUUGAUUAUUUAGUCACCAUUAUAUCGGUUGGUUUAAUGGUAGAGGCUAUGUAGCAAGUUACAAAUAUGUGUUGGUGCAUCUGGUAUAGUCACCAAUAAAUAUUUGUUGGUCGAAUGGUUAGAUUCACUUACGUACUUUCUCCUAGGUAACAAACAGGAGGGCAUCCAUCUGGUUUACAUUCUGGUCACCUGACUGAAACAACGUCCAACAUUCCCUACCGUAACCGGGCUGUAGUUUGAUUCGUGGGAAAUGUUGUCGUCAUGAUGAUGGCCAGGAGUAUUUCCUGGAAAAACUCUGACCAGGAGAAACUCGGGGCCUUGUAGUCCGGAAACCCUCCGCGCCCUAGUCAUUGACUAUGUUAUGUUCACUGUAUAAAGUCGUUUAGAUUCACUUUUUGUUUUACCAUGUAACCUCAUGGGGCAGUUGCAUUUGGCUAGACUCAGCCUAAUCCUGGACUAAAAGGCCCUUUCAAUGGAGAGUUGAUGUUCAAUGGCGUCACCAUUGGAAGUGAUUUUAAGUCGAAGGUUAUAGGCGUAAUCUGGUUAUUGUUGCCUGGCUACCCAUCCACAACACUCCGGCCAACUGAAGUUUCUUCUCCAUGAUGAGUGUGGAUUUGCUUCCGUCCCUGAUGAUUUCUAGAAUGUGGACACAUUCUGACCGUUCUGAUUGGUCCCAGAAACUGAUGGGUUGGGCCAGAUCCGGGCCUACGUGGAUGACGUUAUCAACUUUGCUACUCUGGUUAGAUUUUGUUCGACGAUUCAAUCGCUGAUUCAUUAGUUUUGUACAACGCCCCUCAUUUUGAAGUCACACAGACAACUUCUAGGAUGGCAGUUUCAGACUGAAUGUAUGUAGCGAUCGUUAGAGCAGCGGAAUGAAAUUCAGGGUGAAUUGUCUGACAAGGUUUACUGGCAUUGCCUGUGAGACCUAUGAUUGGAGGACCAAUGGCUUUGGUAGUCAGUGUCUUUUGAAAGUAUCUUUGUCUGAAAGAUUCUAACAGUGUUUGUUUAUAAUGUAUGUGCUGCUUGGUUCUGGAAGUUCUUUACGACACAAAGUUCAUCUACUAGGUAAAAACCAACUUAUACCAAAGUGCUGUUUUUUUUUUUUUUUUUUGCUUGUACAUAAUUGCACAUUGUAUUUUUCCAUUUACAAAUAAUAAUAUUGAUAAUGUACAAUAUUUACUUUUUAAAGUGCAGUUUUAUACCCAUUUAAGUGAAGAACUGUUUUCUGACUGGGAGGUCUUGGAGAGUAUGUUAGAAGUGUGUUAAAACAGAUUCAACGUUAGUCAGGGCAGGUCUGUGCGGUCACUGUACAGAUGCCUGAAUGAAGAGACCACCUUGAUAGGCUGCUGAAAUAGCACCCUAUUCCCUACAUAGUGCACUACUUUUGACCAGGUCCUAUGGGGCACAGUGUAUAGGGAAUCUGGUGCCAUUUCGGAUAUCUAGACGGACUAUAUAUUUUUCCAUUCAUACUCAGCACUUCCAUGCCGACGGUAUCAGUCUGCAGACUUGCAGCCGGUGUACUAGGGGGUGCUAGCACCUGUGAGAACCGCAUUUCAAGGCACCUUUCAGGAAGCGACUGCGAGUCUGCAGACCUAUGCCUCCCCAAAUCCUACUGUUGCUCCUGACCGGUGCAGCCCUCCGCAUGUUAAGUCAACCCCAUCAACUGUAGCGAAGAAACGACACACUGGGAAGUCAGCCAGGCAGUACAGUAUAUGCCUGUCUUAACUCUGUGUUCACUUUUGAUUUGAGCAUGCCUUUUAUUUUUGAUGUGGCUUUAUUUAAUGAUAAUCAACAUGUCUGUUUUCUGGGUUUAUGACUGCAGUGUCUGAGAUUGUUAGGUCUAUGUUCCUUCACUGGGAAAUGAAGGAUGGGUCAGAAAUUGGUUGGUGAUCAGAUCCUAACUUGAGAUAUGUUGUGCGCUAAGUUACUCAACUUUUGUGAAUGUUCUCUACUGACAUAAGUGCAUGGAUUUAUGAAAAGGUUUAAUUUACACUUGACUCAAGUUAGGGUUGUGUCCUUUAGUCAUGGUUGCGUUGUUGUCCUCUUGUCUGCAGACCUUGCCAUGUUUUUAACCACACAGGGUCCACAAAUAGUGCUGUUAUAUACUGUCGCCGACACGUGCGCUAUAAUGUUAAAAAGGAAUCAUAAACACUCCGUAACGCAAGUCUGUUUCCCUGUUGAGUUUCAUUCUGAAAUGAACACAAGACCACUGUAACAAAACAACAAAAAAAGCUUGUAAAAAGCAACAUCACUUUCAGCUCGACUCAAUACUGGUCUGCUUCUUUAAAACUUGUAUAAAUGCACUCCGUUAUUUCUUCUCUGGCAUUUGUAGCAUAUGUGUAUAUGUACAUUUCAAAAUCAAAUGUAAUAUCUUUGCUUGGAACUGUCAAAUGUGAAUGACUGUACAUAGAGGGAGUUUUUUUUCUAAACAUUGCUCUAACGUCAAGUAGUCUUUUGUUUUAACUGUGAAAUAAGCAGCAUUUUGAAUACUGUACACAAGUGCUUUGAACGGAGAUUAAAGUCUAUUACCCUG